AUGGAGGCGCUGGUGCGGGAGAUGCAGGACGCUGAGACCGGGGUGCCCGUGCGCAGCCAGAAACUCUUCCUCACUUCCAUCCCCUCUGCUUUCAUGGGUUACGAUCUCAUUGAAUGGCUAAUGGAGCGCCUCAACAUAGAAGAAUCUGCUGAGGCGGUCCACUUAGCCAAUCAACUCUGCCAGUACGGAUACUACUUCCCUGUCAGCGACUCCAAAAAUUUGAUUGUAAAGGACGACAGCUCCCUCUAUCGUUUCCAGACCCCCUACUACUGGCCCUGGCAACACCGCAUGCCGGACAACGUGGAGUACGCCAUCUACCUGGCCAAACGCACACUACGCAACAAGCAGCGCCACGGGCUCGAAGACUACGAGCUGGAUGCACUCACCAGUCUGAGGAAGAAUCUGCAAAACAAGUGGGACUUCAUAACGAUGCAAGCUGAAGAACAGGUGCGGCUGGCGAAGGAGCGCAAGAAGGGCGACAAGAUCGUGAGCGACAGCCAGGAGCGCGCGUACUGGCGGGUGUACCGGCCGCCGCCCGGCUACACGCACCACCUGGAGCCCGCGCCCGUGCCCGCCUGGGGGCGCGCCGCCGCAGCCGCCGCGCGCGCCAAGAGGCGCUCCUCAGACGACGUCAAGCGUGAGGUGGACUUCCUGAGGAGCUGCUUGGUGCGCACGCGCGUCAAGGUGUCGCAGGCGCUGGACAACCUGGUGCAGCACUGCACCACCUACGUAGAGUACGACCCGCUGCUGUCCGGCGUGCAGCCUUCCAACCCUUGGACCACCGAUGACCCCGCUUUCUGGCUGCUCAACAGUCCCCUAGUCGAAGUUCCAACAGAGAAGAGAGUGAAGCGCUGGGCGUUAUCCAUGGAAGAACUCGUCUCCGACCCAACAGGUUUACAGGAGUUUACCAACUAUUUGCGCAAGGAAUACAGCCACGAGAAUAUCCGGUUCUGGAUGGCCGUCAACGACCUAAGGAGGAGCGCGCAAUCACAGAUUCAUCGCAAAGUAAAGGAGAUAUUUGACGAGUUCCUGGCCCCGGGGGCGCCAUGCGAGAUCAACAUCGACGGCAAGACGAUGGAGAAGGUGCACCAGGAGCUGCGAACGCCCACGCGCUUCACUUUCGACUCCGCGGCGGAGCACGUGUACACGCUGCUGCUCAAGAAGGACUGCUACCCGCGCUUCGUCCGCUCCGAACAGUACAAGGCGCUGCUCGCCGCCGGAGUCCAGCCGCUGCAGAAAAAGAGGUUCUUCGGGUUCGGUGGUCCAGCGAAGAAGAAAUCUUCGACGUGCAACCCUCCGAACGUGGCGCUGCUGCAGCAGCAGAUGGCGGCGGCGGCCGGCGGGGGCGGCGGAGGCGGCAGCGCGGGCGGCGGCGGGGGUGGGGUGUCGUUGGGGCGGCGGCGCGGCAGCGAGCGCAGCCUGUCCGGCUCGGUGCACGAGCUGGUGGCCGCCGGCGUGCGCGAGCCGCCCCCGCGCGUGCCGCACUCACACAGCCAGUCCAACCUCAGCGACAUCCCCUACAGGGACCCUGCUCCAACGAGCAGUAGCAAACCCGAUGGCGAGGAAGCGGGGGUCAGCGGGGGCGGAGGAGAGGAAGAAGAAGACAGCAGCAUCGCGGGUGGCCAGGAGGAGGUGGUGGUGGCGGCGGAGGCGGCGGUGGUGACGGAGGCGGUGGAAGGCUCUCCUGGGGCGGUUCUGGAGUCGAGCCCCUUGUCACCCGCAGCUACAUUUGAGGGAGCAGAGGCAGCAGCUGUGCCGCUCGUGGCGGUGGCGGCGGCGUCGGUGGAGGAGGAGGUGGUGGAGGCGCUGCCGGGGGCCGGCGAGCAGCAGCCGGCAGAGGCCGCGCCCGCCCCCGCACCGCCGCCAGCUUCGCCGCCGGCCGCCUCCGCCGCCCCCGGCCCGUCGUGCUCGCGUCGCAGGUGGGAGGAGGCGGCGCCGGCGCCGCUGCCGCUGCAGCACCGGCGCCGCGACUCGUCCGCCAGCUCCUCUUCAGAGCUGAGCCUGCACCGUGUGGGCGUGGGGCCGCCACCGACGCAGCCGCCUCCCGAGAAGGCUACGCGCGCCACAUCGGAGGAGCGCGUGGUGGCGCGCAUACAGACGGUGCGCAAGUACUCGGCGGCGGACGCGCGCCGGCCC